AUGACUGCACCAAAAAACGUUUCCAGUAGGACUCCGAGUUCGUGGGAACCUCAGGACGAUGUCUUGUUGCGACACUUGAAAGAGGUGAAAAGACUGGGAUGGAAGGAUAUUGCUCAGUAUUUUACGAAUAGAACUCCUAACGCGUGCCAAUUUCGGUGGAGAAGGUUAAAAUCUGGCAGUUUAAAGACGGUGAAGUCGCCAGAGGAGGAGGAUGAGGAGGAGGAUGAGUUGUUAAAUGUGACUGUUCCAGUACUUGCUCCAAUGGCUGUUUCUGCAGGACCUACGUUGAGCGCGGAAUCUUUAAACACUGGGUCCUCUUCGACGGCGAAGAAGAAUACGGCAAAGAAGUCUAGUUCUACGGGACCGAUGCCCAUGCCCAUGCCAAUUCCGACCUCAAAAGUUACCAAUAGUGCCGUUCUUUCGUCACCUCAUGGGUUGAAUGGUAGUGGGAGUGCUACUAAUAAUAACAAUAGCAACAUGGGUGUUUUUUCGUCAUCUGCUGCUACAGCUGGAUCUAGUGUCCUAUCGGUAAACGGACUUGCACAUUCCGGAUCGUUGUCCAAGUCUCCGUUCUCUACUGCUUCUCCUGCUCCUCAUGGGAAAUUUAUAAAGCCCAGGUCUUCCUCUCAUUCACAGGACGCCCCACCAAAUAUGCCCCAUUUCAAUGAUCAAGAGGAAAAUUUUGGUUUUAUUCCAAAAGUCUUCAUCAAGAGUAGACGUGGUUCCGCGGUCGUUGUGAAUAACACUCCACAAUCGAACUUGCCAAACCUGGCCAGUACGAAAUCAAGGAAAAAUUCCUUCUCCUCGCGCUCCAGACGUUCCUCUUUCAACGUAGCAUCCGACAGGCAUUUCAUCCCAAUGUCUUCUAACGGAUCUUCUAGAAGAUCUUCCGUUGUUGUCAUGCCUUCAUCAACUUUGCCCGCAUCUUCCGCGAAUCCAAGGAGAGAAAGCUUCACGACGAAUCCAUCUAUGUCUAGAAGGAACUCUGUCUCUCAGUUUAGACGUGAGUCUAUGCAAGCAGGUUUCAUUGAUAUGCCCAUAAAACAAAGCUCUCAACCCCCUCCUUCAUCCGUAUGUGCCGUUGGAUCAUUCAAUGGCUUUGCAAAACCUUGGUCUGGCGAUGAGGAUAAGUUGUUGGUAGAAAAACGUCAAAGGUACCACUUGUCCAUUGAUGAGCUUUCAAUCUUGUUACCUCAUAGAUCAGAACAAGAGAUCCAAUGGAGAAUGGAUUCGUUACAUAUAACGCCUAGCGAUGCAGUUAGUACUGCUAGUCCUUCCGCCAAUGUUAAUCAAUCGAGUUCUUCAGAUGAGGUCCACUCUACUUACUCACCAGAUACUGCCGUAGAGGAGCAUGACGACAUUGACGAUGUUGAUGUUGAUGUAGAGAUUGUUGGCCGCAUGGAAGACUCUAUUGCCCCAACUCAGCUAAGAGAUGAAUCUCCUACGUUUUCUCAAACAUCUUCGACUGGUUCUUCCGCUCGUGAGAGAUCGCCAGUGUUUUCACCGGACGCUCAUUCCUUGAGAGACCAUUCUCCAACUAUUUCUGAUGUGAACAACUCAUCUUUUUAUGGCAAUAGGAUGCCUGCCAGCGUACCGAAGCAAAUUCUUCAAACACAGGCUAGUAAUGAACAAACGCCCCAGUUCACUCCGAAUUCAUCGCAAUCUCCUCAACCACCACAAAACCAUCGACUACCGCAAGUGCCAACUCAGCCACUGCCUAGUUUGAAUACGAUAUUCAAGCACAUUGUUUGA